AUGUCGCGUCUGGUGGUAGCCCUCUUCGCUGUCUACGUGGUCUGUCAAUGCAUGACGGCGGCCCGUGAGAUCGGAAACGGUUAUGGUGAUAUGGAGAUGGCAGCUUCCCAUCAUCAUCACGAGAAAGGUGGCGGGGAGGAGCAUCAUUCCGAUCAUCAUCACAAACACGGUGACAAGGGUGACAAAGGCUACAAGUCGUCCCAUCAUCACGAGAAAGGCGAGAAGGGCCAUCACGACAAGGACGAGCACAAAGGCUUCCACGAGGAGGACGAGGGGCACAAGAAGAAUCACCAUCACGACGACGGUUACUAUUCCGAGCAUCACAAAGGCGAGAAGGGCGAGAAGGGACACAAAUUCCACGAGGAGGGGCAUUAUGGUAAAGGACACAGCACCAAGGGACACCACGAGGUGCACAAGUUAGACGAGUCCAAGAAGGACAACGAGUUCUUCGACGAACACCAUGACUCUGGACACCACGAGGACCACGGUGGCGAUCAUCAUGAGCACGGACACAAGAAGGGUGGACAUUUCAAGAAAGGUCACCACGAUCACGAUGAACACGAGGAUCAUUACGGAAAGAAGGGCCACUUCGAGAAGGGUCAUCAUCAUCACGACCACAAGGGACACAAGGGCGAGGGUGGUCACGAUGAGCAUCACAGUCAUCACUCGAAGCAUGGAAAGAAGGGAGGACACGACGAUCAUAAGUCGUGGGGAUUCAAGAAGGGACAAUAA